UGCUCAUUCACUCUCCCACUUGGGACUAAUGCACAGGGAUAAACACCUAUUGAGGAAAACCACAAGGACUUCAACCAGACACUAAGGGAAAAAGAGUUUCGUUCCACAGUCAUCAGGUCAGUCACUCCUAACUUCAGUCACCUUGUGUCUGCUGAAAUGAAGACUGUGCACUCUACAUUUCUCCUGCUACUCUUCGUGCCUCUGACACAGCAAACACCACAGAUGCAGCUGGACUCAUAUGUUAACUAUGAGUAUGCAACAGACAAUUCUGAAGAAACCAAAUUUAGUCAGGAUUAUGAAGAUAAAUACCUGGAUGGGAAAAGUAUUAAGGAAAAAGAAACUAUAAUUCCUGAUGAGAAAAGUCAUCAGUUACAAAAAGAUGAAGUUAUACCAUCAUUACCCACCAAGAAAGAAAAUGAUGAAAUGCCCACAUGCCUGUUGUGUGUCUGCUUAAGUGGCUCUGUCUACUGUGAAGAAGUUGACAUUGAUGCUGUACCACCAUUGCCAAAGGAAUCAGCAUAUCUUUAUGCACGAUUCAACAAAAUUAAAAAGCUGACUGCCAAGGAUUUUGCAGACAUGCCUAACCUAAGAAGACUUGAUUUUACGGGAAAUUUGAUAGAAGACAUAGAAGAUGGUACUUUUUCAAAACUUUCUCUGUUAGAAGAACUUACACUUGCUGAAAACCAACUACUAAGACUUCCAGUUCUUCCUCCAAAGCUUACUUUACUUAAUGCCAAAUACAACAAAAUCAAGAGUAAAGGAAUUAAAGCAAACACAUUCAAAAAACUGAAUAAACUUUCUUUUCUCUAUUUGGACCAUAACGAUCUGGAAUCUGUGCCUCCUAAUUUACCAGAAAGUCUACGUGUAAUUCACCUUCAGUUUAACAGCAUAUCUUCAAUUACAGAUGAUACAUUCUGCAAGGCUAAUGACACUCGUUACAUUCGGGAGCGAAUUGAAGAAAUUCGCCUGGAGGGCAAUCCAAUUGCUUUGGGAAAGCAUCCAAACAGUUUUAUCUGCUUAAAAAGAUUACCUAUAGGGUCAUACUUUUAACCACAAUCAGUGCAGCUUAUAAUCUAAGGUACAUGUACCUAAUGUCUAAAGGAACAUAAACAUUAGUUUAACAUUAUCAUUUUAUCUCACUAUGAUGGAAUUUUAUGUUUAAACAAAGAUGUCCAAAAUUGUUAUAUGUGAUUACAAAAAUAAUCCAGCCUGAAUCUCUUAGUUCAAAACAAAAUACUGUGAAACUAAACAGCAUUAAGGGUCUCCUUGUUGUUAUAUCAGACUGCCAUCUAAAUAGCAUGCUUUUACACAAACACACGCUUGAGACACACCAUUCCCAUGACUAAUGAAGUAAGAGAAUUCCAAGAAACUUUCAACUGUUUGUCUUUCUUAACAUUUACUGUAGCUCAAAAGCAUUUAAGACAGAGCUUCCAGAACCUGUGCAAAGCCAAGCUCCCAGUGACUUUCCACUGACUUUGAUUCAUCAGCAUUCUCUGUAAAGCAGAAAUGUACUUUCUGUCAAGGCAGCUACUUCACUGUAUUUCUCAUUUAGCCCAAGGAAAGGGGAGACACAUGCAAGCAAACAUUUCCAGAGAAGGGAAAAUUUUACUCUUUGGUACAGAGUCAAUUUAGAAAAGUUCAGUUUUCUGCUUUGUGGUCACAUGGAUAGCCUUUAGUCAAUUACUUAAAAAACUUUGUU